AUGCUCAUCACUUAUGAUCAGGGAACUGCAAAUCAGAACUACAGUGAGAUACCAUUUCAUGCUUGUGAGAAUAAUCCAUGUCUAAGACCAGAAACAGCAAGUGUUAUCAAGGUUGUGGCAAAAAAAGGACGUCGCAUACACUGUUGGUGGGAAUUCAGACUGGUCAACAACCAUACAAAACAGUGUCAUUGUUCUUGGCUGGAUCCCUCCUCAUCUUCCUCCACAGUGGUUUUGGCCUCAGUGGAGCUGCAGCUGCAGCAUUUCAUCGAGAAGCAGCAUUUCCAGAAGCUGGUGCCCCAGAUGACUGAACUUGACCGGGAGAAGAAUGACAAGUCUGGCCCUGAGGUGAACAAUGAGUGGGCUGAGGACUAGUUUGUGCACUGCAUUGAGUACUUCACUGAUACAAGCCAAUUUAUUUUGAAUCCACUGGAGCAGACCAAGAAGUCCAUGCUAGUCUUCUCAGAUAGCCUCUUUGAUCUCAGCAUUACCUCUUUGAAAAGGAAAGUAGUUCAAGAAAUGAAAAGCUGUUAUGGGGGGACACUCAAGAAAAUCUUUAUUAUUCUUGAGACAUCUGGUUAUCUAAGAAUGAACAGAGGUCUGGGCAACAUAUCUAGUGGCAAACUGCAAAACCACCAGCAUCCAGAGACCAACAUAGCAAGUGUAGGCUCAGCAGGACAGGAGAAUCGCAAAGUAAGGCUGGCUCUCAAGCGGCAGCACUGGAGAGAAGGGAAAAGAUUGGGAGCUGCAAUCUGGGGAACUUUUUGCAGCCUUGCAGAAGCGCAACUUUGCCCCGCCUGUCCCUGGGGGAAGCGGUUGCAAGUGCCAGGUGCUGUCCUUUGUUCGGGUACGACAGGGGAAGUCGGGGUAAAGCCGGUGGAGUCACCCUUCUUUGGAGGCAUUAUUCAGGGGGAUGCCCGUGCACUUUAUCCGGGAUUCCGGGGAAGGCGGGGGAAGGCUGCUCUUCCUACGAAACUGCCCCCAGCUUGUGCUCAACUUUUCGGCGGGGAUCCCUCUGCAGACGUGCGGGUGUCGGGAGAGCGGAGGCAGCCGCAGUAG